AUGUCAAAUAGUAAUAUAAAAACGCCUACAAAACAAAAAUUGUUUAAUGACGGUAUUAUAGAUAGUAGUGGUACAGAUGUGAAUGAUAAACUUGAGAAUUUUUCCGAUAAUCCUCUCGAUGUUAGCAGUGGUGCUCGUCAUAAUGAACAUGCAUUUUUUGGUGAUGUAUCAACAAUCAAAGAAUUAGAAAAUGAUUUAACAGAUUUAUUACAAAAAUUUCGUGCUGGAACAUUACUUGCAUUUAGUCCUCAAUUUACAUGCACAAAAAUGGAUACGAUUCGAGAACAACAAGAACAAUUAGCAAAAUUACAUUUUUCCUUAGAUAAAGAUUUAUCGAAUAUUAAUAUUGAGUCAGAUGAAUGUCAAAAAAAAGCAAAUGAAAAUAUGAGCUGUUUAAUGAGAAAAUUACAAAAAUUGACUGAAGAAAUGUAUCCUUUUUCAAAAGAAUUUAAGAACAUAUUUUUAAUAUUUUCAUGCUCACGUUCAAUAGACUAA